AUGUUGAUACAAAUGGAAAGAAUUUUGGGAUACAUUACUACUAGGAAUAGUGUACAACAAAAUGGGAAUUGUCCUGAUGGUAAUAGGUGUUGUGCUUCCAGUUCUGAUGCAUGGUGUUGUCUAUCUGAAUAUGAAUGUUGUGGAUCUAGUAAAGCUAAUGGAUGUUGUGCUCAAAGCGCAUUUCCAAGUAUACCACCAUCUAACCAACCGCAAUCCUUGUGUGAUCCAU